GCCAACAACCCGACAAGCGGGGAGCCAGUGUUGGUUGUUACACAGCACGAUGUCACUGCUCAGAUGGAUGCUCGGUCGCAGCUGACGCUGCUGCUGGAGCGGGAGCAGAAGAUUUUGGAGUCCAUCUUUCCCAGACACGUCAUCGAGUAUCUCACACUCCAGCAACCAGCUGACGCGGCGGCCAGGAGCAGCAGUCGAGGAGGUGGUCGCCGCCACUCCUACCACCCGGCUAACAAAUCCAGCCGUCGUACACUCACAUCUGAUACUGCCGCAGCUCCUGCUGCUGCAGCUGCCGUCGCCAGUCUGCCAGGGAAUGAUACAGGGGAGCAGCAUCACAGUCACAGCGCGGCAGGCGCCAGCGGUCAACAGCAGGGUCGCAGCCGCCGGAGCAGCUGUAGCCUGCAGCAGCAGGACAGCGGCCGGGAAAGGGAGCAGCGGCAAGGCUCAACGUCCUUUUCACAAAGGGGA